AUGGACGCCGAUCGCGAAGCUCUUUCGAGGACGAUUUCAGAAGCCGUUUCUAGAGCAGUUACCGACGCAUUGACUGCUACAUUAUCGCCGGUAAGUAUAGAUAAUAUUUCGCCCUUUUUGCCUUUUGAAUUUUCUAUGAAUAAAGAACAGUGUAUAACCGAAUGUUUGUAUUUUAUAAAUCUCAAUAGCAACUGCCUCCUGUUGACUCACCAGCUGCUAUCCCCCAAGCCCGGCAAACUCUUUCUUCCGCUGGCACUUCUGGAACUGCAAGCAGUAGUCGGGUAAGGGAACAGGUGAUUAUGGUUUUAAAUCUUUUCAAAUAGAAUUUGGAUGUACAGAAGCGUAGGGGGGGGUGGGGGGUGCCGAUGAUUUUUUCCAGGUUCAGAGAUCUUCUUAGUUUUGGGUUUAUCACUGGCCAGCCCACCUAUGUGUUUAGGGACUGGUUAUAACAUACAGAGAGUGCGGGGGGGGGGCUGGAAAAUUCAAGGUACAUAAUUUUUGGCAACCUACCCUGUGAGCCCAUGCCCCCCCCCCCAGAAAAAAAAAACGAAGGAGAGUGACAAUCAACAGCAUAAAUUCCGCUGUGACCGGUAAAUUUAGUGAUACACGGAGUAUGUCCAAAUUUAUUUCAAGGCUUGGCUACAUUGACUUUUGAGCGUGCAAUUCGGGCUUAAUAAUUAGGUAUUCCUAUAACUAUUUUAUAAUGGUAAACCAUACCUUUACAGGAUGUUUCUGAUCUGACAUCAUCUACUAAUCUGGAUCGAUUUGUAUCAAAUGAAGAUGGGAAUUUACAGAGGUAAUAAACGUUAUGUAAUGCAAUGAACAACCAAUGGUCUAUAGAAUAAGCCAUUGAUGAUCAUGUGUGGCAUGACCAAAUUUUAUGCCAGAUAAAUUGAUUGAAAUUAUCUUGGAUGAAUAAAAUUUAGUUAAUUACCUAACAAAAUUUUUUGUAUAGAAAGCCUGGAAGACCAGCUAAGACAGUGCCAAAAGAGAGACUGGAAACCAUGUUGAAACUGAAGAUUCCAAUCUCAAAAAUCUGCCAAGAGUUGCAAGUUUCAAGACCUUUAAUCCACAAAGCUAUUGCAACAUAUGGUAUCAAUUAUACUAGGCACACUGGUUUAAACCAAGACGAAUUGCUACGAGCAGUUGGUGAGAUUAAAGUCAACCACCCUAAUGCUGGAGAGGUAAUGGUUCAGGGCCAUUUAGAAGCGAAAGGUAUUCAUGUCCAGCGUCAACAGGUUAGGAAUGCAAUACACCACAUUGAUCCCACUGUUUCUGAGAGAAAGCGGCCACCAAUAAACCGACGUGUUUAUUCUGUUCCCUGCCCUAACUACUUGUGGCAUAUAGACGGAAACCAUAAGAUGAUUCGAUGGAGUUUGGUCAUACACCAUGGAAUAGAUGGAUUUAGUCGCCUGAUCACAUUUUGCCGUUGUUCUGGAAACAAUAAAUCAACAACAGUUUUCCCACUUUUUCAAGAAGCGGUGGAAAAGUAUGGGAAACCAAUUCACGUCCGCACAGAUUAUGGUGGAGAGAAUGUCCUUAUUUGGAGGGACAUGACCGAAUUUUGGGGCGAGGAUGCUCGAUCAGUAAUUGUUGGAAGCUCUGUGCACAAUCAACGGAUCGAACGUCAUAACAGGGCAGUCAAUGAGCAGGUAGUGUCCAUCUACAAAGCCGAUUUCUACGAGCUAGAAAGGGAAGGUAUUCUGGACCCCCUCAACAGCACUGACAUAUUUUGUCUUCAUUACACAUAUUUGCCGCGUAUCCAGAGGACCCUUGUUGAGUUUGUUGCUGCACAUAACAAUCACCGUGUUUCAACGGAAGGGCAAAAGACCCCAGCCCAAUUGUUCUGGAUUAACAUACGUUUGGCUUCUCUCCAUUCGGGAAACCGAACUAUAAACGUACCAAUGCGUGGGGUCGAUGUACGUGAUCUGCUUUCUGCAGAUAUCCCGCAUGUUCAAGUUCCGGAUGUUGAAAAUCCCAUGUCGGACAGUGCAUUACGUGUCCUUCAUAAUAAUAUUGAUCCAUUAUCUGGGGAUGACGGAAAAGAAAUUUAUCGCCGUGUUGUUCAGUUCGUCGGAAGAAACUUGAUGAUAUAA